AUGGGUCCAGUAAUUGGAAUGACUCCAGAAAAGAGAGCUGAAACUCCAGGAGCUGAAAAGGUUGCAGGAUUAAGCCAGAUUUACAAAAUGGGAAGCUUGCCUGAAGCUGUUGAUGCUGCCAGACCAAAGGCCACUCUAGUGGGCAAUGAGUCAGCAGAUGAUGAACUCACAAACUUGAACUGGCUUCACGAAAGUACUAACCUCCUAACAAACUUCAGCUUUGGAAGCGAAGGUCUUCCAAUUGUUAGUCCAUUGUAUGACAUAGAAGGAGAUGAUGUGCCAUCCUUUGGACCAUCGUGCUAUCAGAACCAAGAAAAAAAAUCAGCAACUUCAAAGCCCCCAUACUCCUUUAGUCUUCUCAUUUAUAUGGCUAUUGAACACUCUCCAAAUAAGUGUUUGCCAGUCAAAGAAAUUUAUAGCUGGAUUCUGAACCGCUUCCCAUAUUUUGCAACUGCACCAACUGGCUGGAAGAAUUCUGUUCGACAUAAUCUGUCCCUGAAUAAAUGUUUUCAGAAAGUGGAAAGAAGCCAUGGCAAGGUUAAUGGAAAAGGUUCCUUAUGGUGUGUUGAUCCAGAAUAUAAACCCAACCUUAUGCAGGCACUGAAGAAGCAACCUUUCUCCUCAAAGUCCACAUUUUACAGCCCUCCUGCAUCACCACAAAGUGGUUCUUUAUCACCUCACUACUUAAGCUCUAUACUCAAGCAGAACCAGGUGCGAACUCUCAAAGAAUCUGAUAUUGAUGCUGCCACUGCAAUGAUGCUUUUAAAUACUUCUAUAGAACAAGGAAUUUUGGAAUGUGAGAAGCCUCUGCCUCUUAAAACAACAAUGCAAAAAAAGAGGAGUUAUAGCAAUGCAUUUAAUCAUUCCAGUACUAUGCGAUUACAUGAGAGUGAUUCUUUAGCCACCAGCACUGAUCCAAAAGAAGACCACAAUUACAGUGCAAGUAGCAUGGCAGCACAGCGCUGUGCGUCCAGGUCUAGUGUGUCUUCUCUGUCUUCUGUGGAUGAGGUGUAUGAAUUUAUCCCAAAGAGUAGCCACGUAGGAAGUGAUGGCAGUGAAGGAUUUCGCAGUGAAGAAGACACAGACGUUGAUUAUGAAGAUGAUCCACUUGGAGACAGUGGCUAUGCAUCGCAGGCUUGUGCAGAUACCACUGAAAAGGGGCAGCCAGACAAAAAGAUGCGAAAACAGGCAUGUCAAGAAAUUGAUGAGGAGCUCAAAGAGGCAGCUGGAUCUCUGCUCCACCUUGCUGGUAUUCGUACAUGUCUAGGUUCCCUAAUAAGUACUGCAAAGACACAGAAUCAAAAGCAGCGGAAAAAAUAG